AUGUUCCCCACGUCCCUGCUUGUACUUGCUUUUACUACUGACAUGGAUCCACGACCACCGUAAACGCCUUGCCUUGGGACGGGCGCUGUGGGAAAUUCUCCGCUUCGACCAAAGGGUGGCGCACCACUACAAUUCUAAACUGACGGCAACCGCUGCCUGUGCUCUGGAACACUUGUGCGCGCUCCCGCCCUCCACCAAUUCCACCCAGAUUUCCUGCUUGCGCGUGAGUUUACCGCUGGAGGUCAUUGCACAGAAUUUACGACUGGUCAACAAAAAACACGUGACUCCAAGCCGUACCCCAUAUUUGGACGCCUACGUAAGAGAGCAUGAAGUCUGUGUCUCAGUCAUUUCCAUAAUUCAUCAUAAAUUGUGCAAGGGCGCAAUAGACGCGCAAAACCAUCAAGAGACACAAAUCAAGCACACACGGCAUUGUUCUCUCCACGGUAGUAAUAAUACUGGCUAAGCAAUUAUCAGGUAAUCACUGUCAACCAAUGAGCUCUUAUUUUGUGAACUCAUUCUGCGGUCGCUACCCAAAUGGCGCGGACUAUCCGUUACAUAACUAUGGAGAUCACGGCUCCAGCGACCAAUACCGGGACUCUACGGGCAUGCAUUCCAGCAGGUAUGGCUACGGAUACAAUGGCAUGGAUCUCAGCACCGGCCGCUCCACGACAGAGCACUUCGUCUCCUCCGGUGAACGGGCUCAGAGCUACAGUCAGAGCUCAACGGCGACGUCUGUCGAUGCCCGGUACAGUCAACCGAUCACAGCGAGCAGCGCUGCUCCCCAGUCACCUCCCCCUGACCCGCUCGCUUGCUCUUCGGUCGACAGUUCUCCCGCUAGCGAGCCCGCGCACCGCGCCUUGAAAAACUCCAUGCCGAAUUCUACUUGCUCCACGUCCAACGGCGCUGGCGCGGUGCUGGGCUGUGAGGACGUACCCAAAACGUGCAACAGCAUGGAGGAAGAGAAGCCGACGGGAAGUGCGCAGACGACUACUCAGAGUGUGUCCGACACAUCCCAGCCACAGAUAUACCCUUGGAUGCGAAAACUUCAUCUAAGUCACGACUUGGCUGGGCCUGAGGGAAAGAGGGCGAGGACAGCCUACACGCGCUACCAGACCCUGGAGCUGGAGAAGGAGUUCCACUUCAACCGCUACCUGACCCGACGCCGGCGGAUAGAAAUCGCGCACGCGCUCUGCCUCUCAGAACGACAGAUCAAAAUUUGGUUUCAGAACCGGAGGAUGAAAUGGAAAAAGGACAACAAGCUGAAGAGCAUGAGCCUGGCGGCUGCAGGGGGUGUUUACAGGCCCUGAGCGUGUACAUGUUAAUGUGUGUGUGUUAUCAUAUGUAGUCGUGUGCUAAACGUGUAAAUAAGGCUUGUAAGGGGGUAUGAAGGGAUGUCAUCUGUUCCCCCUUUAUCGAGAGACUUCCCACACCGUGAACGCCCCUGCGUUCUACCCUUGGCCUGAAAACCAAACCAUUUCCUUUGGACUGUCAAGUAAAACUGCUUGUGUGAGUAUAGACUGCUGCAUUGUAAACUCGUAUGUAGAAUUAGCACAUCCACAUGAAAGUCUAAAUUAACUUCUAACUUAUGUCCAGUUCUGAAGAAAAAUGUAAGUGCUUGAAGUGUCCGCCAAACGCUUUUCGUAAACACUAAAGGUUGGCUUAUGUUGCACUCUGAAAAGACUCUUAUAAAAGAAUCGACGAACUUAUCGCGUUGUCUUGGCCUUCUCGGAUGUGUAAAUAUGUAUUGAAUAUGGAUGUAUUUAUUUUCUUCAUCUCUAAUUUCAGGUUUUGUGGUUAUGCUGAGGUAGUAGGCUACCUGUUUGUGGCCGUAAUGUAUUUUCACCACUGUGUGUUGUGAUGACAUGUCCAGAUUUGUUCUCAUGUAUGUGCAUUUUAUUCUUACUUUUGCACGUUGUACCGUAAAAAACAACUACUUGGACAUGAUUUUCAACAUGAGUUUGUAUUUGACAAAUACUUGCAAAAUUGAAUUAUUGUCAUUUUGGCAUCUCGUAAAGUUUUUUUUUUUGAUAAAUAUUGAACGUUAACUGGAAAUUCAACUAAUAUAAUAAUGUCACUGGUAAUUAUGGUUUAUGGCUGAGUCAAUAAAAUUUUUACUCUAACUCA